AGCACUGACAGCGUGACCGCUUUUCGUAAGGUGAUUGCAGCGUGCUCAGUCAGUGCGGACAGCCAUGGCUUCUGACGAACCCAAAGCAAAGAAACUUAAACUUUCUGAGGAUGAGAAGACUCAGUCCCCGAGCAAAAAGGCUGCCCCCGAACUAAGACCUAAUUUGCUCUUUGGGAUGGGAAACCCCUUACUGGACAUCUCUGCUGUUGUGGACAAAGACUUCUUGGAUAAGUACUCUCUGAAGCCCAACGAUCAGAUCCUGGCUGAGGACAAGCACAAAGCACUAUUUGAUGAGCUUACAAAGAAGUUCAAUGUAGAGUACCACGCUGGAGGAGCCACCCAGAACUCAGUAAAGAUCGCUCAGUGGAUGAUCCAGGAACCUCAUAAGGUGGGCACCUUCUUCGGCUGCAUUGGGAAAGAUAAGUUUGGAGAGAUCCUCAAAAAGAAGGCGGAGGAGGCCCACGUAGAUGCUCACUACUACGAGCAAGAUGAGGAGCCUACAGGGACGUGUGCUGCCUGCAUCACCGGGGAUAACAGGUCUCUGGUUGCUAACCUAGCUGCUGCUAACUGUUAUAAAAAGGAGAAGCAUUUAGACUUGGAAGAAAACUGGAAGCUGGUGGAAAAAGCUAAAGUCUACUAUAUCGCUGGUUUCUUCCUGACUGUGUCGUUGGAGUCCAUCCUGAAAGUGGCGAAGCAUGCUUCUGAAAAGAACAAGUUGUUUUGCAUGAACCUCUCUGCUCCCUUCAUCUGCCAGUUUUUCAAGGACAACCUGAUGCAGGUCAUGCCUUACAUCGACGUGUUGUUUGGCAACGAGACGGAGGCAACUGCUUUUGCCAAAGAGCAGGACUUUGAGACUAAAGACAUAAAGGAGAUUGCGAAGAAAGCCCAGGCAUUACCCAAAGUCAACACAAAGAGACAGAGAAUUGUUGUGUUUACCCAGGGAAAGGAUGAAACCAUCAUGGUCCUGGGCGAUAAGAUCGAAACAUUCCCUGUCCUGAAGAUUGACCCGAAGGACAUCGUUGACACAAACGGUGCAGGCGACGCUUUUGUUGGAGGAUUCCUGUCUGGGCUCGUCCAGGACAAACCCCUGGAUCAGUGCGUUAGGGCAGCACAUUACUCUGCAAAUGUCAUCAUCAGACGAGCAGGUUGUACCUUCCCAGAAAAGCCAGACUUCAAGUGAGGAACGUCGAGGAGCUCUUCCUUCAGCCUAAAAAAAAACCUCUUGACCCUCACAGCCUCCACACCUCAGAUCCCCAGUUUUCCUUUGUUGUUCUAAUUGGUCAGUUAAUUGGUUCGUAAAUUCUUUUUAAAGUGUCUUAAUAUCUUAACGUACCUAUUGAUGGUUUGCCUGUUUCCAUUUUGUCCUCAAGAGGUCAGUAGAGGUUCAUCCUGCCAAGAUCAGAGGGGUGUUUUGUAUUUGUAUCUGACUGUUAAGGAUAUAUGGUUGCACGUUAUUGUAGUUGUCGUUAUGCAAAAAAAAAGAUGCAAAACCUCCUGUAGUCCAUCUUCCAGGUUCUAAGUGUGCAGACACCUCUGAGCCUUUGCUCAAAGCCCUGAUGUUGACAUCUCUCGAGUCCGUUUCAGAGACUGGGCACAAGCACAGACGGCCACCGCUGGGCAAAGCAUCACUAUCAAAACAGGCAAUUGAAGAUAAAAAAAAAAAAAAACCCUAAACCUUCAGCAGCCAUUCUAGAUCAGUGUUAUAUCUGCUUUAAUGUUUUAUGUUUGUGUAUUUAAAGCACAGUAAUUAGUCAUGAGAGCUUCCACCCAGCUCAUGUUAGGUGAGCUAUGGGCCUUUUUUGUAGUUUUUUUAAACUCUAAAAUCAUCACAGGUUUUUUGGAAAAGUAACACUAGGUUUUUAAGUUUCUCCAAGAAGCAAUUCGUCUUCAAAAGGAGAUUGAGCAAAACUGCCUAAAACCUACUUUUCUCUCUCUCUCUCUGUCUUUAUAACUGGUUAAGUUUUUGGAGCUUCUAUCAUUAAUUUAAGAUCUUAAAAAAAAUAUUUAAGCCUGGUCAGUAUUGGGAAAUUUUAGGUCUUAAUUAGAAUUUCAGAAAACAACUCAAACU